AUUGUUUAAUCAAACAACUUAUAGAGACACUAUUUCAACUUGAUAAGCUGUGGAAUAGCUAGCAGAUUAGUGGCCCCUCUUGUGAUCUUUUCAGCAGCCUACCUCUAGGAUUCAUGACAAAAAAGGGAAAUAUUUUAUUUGACCAAAUCCUCUAAUAUUUCCAUUUAUUCCUUUAUUUUUUUCCAUGCAGUGCAAUCAAUUUGAGCAUGUCAAAUCAUUUCUGAAGCUUGCAUCUGAAAUGAGUGACAGACACAACCAGUGUGUAGGUAGUAUGGGGUUUCAAAUAUUUCUAAAAAUAAUAAGCAUGUCCAAUAUCAACUCCAUUUACUUCUGGCUUUCAAACAAUUUCAACACUACUUCUUGCUCCACUUAAAUGGGAAAUGGACUCAAAUUCCCUAUUAGAACUACAACUGUUCACAAGAUUUUUGGCAUGCCAAUUGGUGGAGUUCCUAUCAUCAUGAAACCAUCAGAAGCAACGUAUGAAUUCAUCAAGCACGAUGGAGUUGUUACCAAGUUUGUCUAGAAUGCAGUAGUUGACAUAGACCGUAUUUCACAAUAUGAUUGGUGUCUGCUAUGUCUGAGCUACAUGGUUUAUUCAAUCAAAAAAGCAAAACUAAACAAGGCAAGCACCAAAAUGUUCAUUCCUGGAGGAUGCAAAUUACUUAUGGUGAUAUCCUAUUUUGAGUUCCUCAUAAUAAGUGAAUUGAAGUUGCCAAGCAUUGAACCAAGGCUACCACUAUGGUCAACAAACAUCCUAAUUCAUACAUGGCACUCGAUGCGCUCCAUGGCGAGAGAAACGAAUAUGGCAGACUACUGAUAAAACACAUUUCCUCUACUCCAUUCACUGAUUCAGUUAUCAUUGAACUUCCUAAAGAGAUAUCACAAUAUAUUGAAUCCAAAUUCACAGAUAUUAGUAUGACACAAAGCUUGCUUGUUCGGAAUUAUUUGUGAAGACAUCAAGUUGAAAAACAACACCUCCCACUGAAGUUUCAGCAAUGUUGCAUCGAUUCUUGUCUGAAUCAAACCCCCCAAAACAAAGAGUAGAAGAAACAAAAUUUUGCUUUCCACUGUUCAAAUUCUUAUUACCAGGAGAGCAUUUGGAAGAUUUCAUUGAUGCUGAACUGGAUAAAGAGUUGUUGCUUGAUGAAAAUUUAGUUGCGUCUUAGAAUACUCUCAACAAUACAAUGCAUGCCAAUUCAAAUGGAGAGGCCGGUACAGUCACUCAAUAUGAAGUCACAGAUUCUCCUUCAUUUGACGCAAUUACCAAUUCAAUUGAGUUAGUUCAGAAUGUUCCAUUUGCAUCUCGUUCCUCUAGUCAGUUCAGCCUCUCAGCAAAUUAGUAUAGCAUGCAUUGUCAUGCCAAUCCCAAUGUUCAUGGAACCGAGAGCCCUAUAAGGAUAAUGGAUUUCCUAUCACCGAAACUCUACCCAAAUAAUAUUGCCACGGCUAUUGAAGAUUCUUUGCUAGUUAAAGCACUCAAACAACAUGAAGCACAUUCCAGUAAGUUUUCAAAACCAGAAACUUCAACUUGGCAACAACGUGUGAACAAUUCUUUCAAAUCUGCGACACUAGUAAUUCAAGAACCCAAAAAGGCUGGGCAACAGGUCAUCUUUUCAGACGGAAUAGAGAAUGAUUUCUACCAAACAUUGGUUGGACUACUUCCCAAAUUAACUGUCAGCCAAAGAAUAUUUGAGAUUGAAGGAGUUUGGGUGGAUCAGAAAACCAUAACUCUAUCAUUCAAGCCUGGUGGUUGGAUAAACCCUCGGGUUGUUGGCCGUUUUUCAAAACUAAAGAACAAAGACCAGCUGAACCGAGGAAGAAAAGGCCUCCUACCAAACAGUGAAAUAGUAGAGCACAUAGUUAGCAUUGACGACAUGGAGAAACUAAUGAACCCAAUGCUAAAUCAUUCAGAUCCUGCAAAUAAACUAAUCUUACAGGAAAGUAAUGUUGACUUCAGUUUAUUGAAUGCUUCCUUGGUAAAAAUGCCCGUAUUCAAGGAAAAACAAUGGAUUUUAAUCACUGCUAACUUCAGAGCCAAAUUUUUUGAUAUCAUGAACACGUACUACAGUGGUGAUACAUUUCUACCAACAAUUAGUGCAGUUAUCUACAACUUCAAGGUCUUGUUUGCUGCUACAUAUGGAAAUUCUACUUCUUUCAACAUAGGUAAUUUUGAAUCAAGAUUUGUAGCAGCUCCCAAGGUCAAUUUCAGGUAUGACUCAGGAAUUUUCAUUCUGCAGUAUGUUAGCAAGUAUAAAGGUCUUGAAUUGCUGGGGUUCUCUAAUGAUGAUUUACAAGCUCUACGUCAAAAAUUCCUUUUUGAGAUUGUAACAUGCAAGGACAAUGAAAUUCAACUACCGUUAGUAACUUCUUUCCUGCAGCGACAUGGUCUCAUUAAUAUUGUCACCUUCAAGGGAAGUGCACUGCAAGAUUCAACUCAAAGGAAUACUUCCAUGGGAAAAAAAUUCCUUACUGAUAGAGCUAUAUUUUUUUCUCUUGCUGAUCUAGUGAUAGUUUCUUCCAAGACCUUCAGCUGUAAACAAUGUCCGAAAACAGCUGAAACAGUUAUGAAAAUGAGCAGUAAGACAUGUACAUUUUUUUCCGUCUUUCAUGACGCCUUGGUGAUACUAUUAUCACUCAAUUUCAUCAAGUUGUAA